GUUAAAACCCUCAAAAAUUCGAAAACAAAUCAACAUUCAACGAACACCGGAAGGAAUUAAGAUGCUCUUCUUCAAAUCUUCAUCCGGAGCAGUGCACCAGGAAUCCCAGCCGGCGGAGGAGGUCAAGAGAGGCGGCGACGGCGCCGCCGCGAUUGUCUCACUGACGGUGUGGAGGAAGUCACUGCUACUCACCUGUAACGGCUUCACAGUGAUUGAUUGUAACGGAAAUAUCGUAUACAGAGUCGAUAAUUACACCGGACGGCCGGAGGAAGUGAUUCUGAUGGACGGCCUCGGAAACUCCGUCCUUACAAUGUGCCGCUCCAAGAAGCUUGGACUAGCGGAGAACUGGUGCGUGUACGAAGGGGAAGUAGGAGGAGAAACUAGGGCUAGGAAGAAACCGAUAUGUCGAGUGAGGAAGAACAUGAACAUACUACAUGUCGCUCCGAAUGCGAAAGUGCUCGCAUACGUAUACGAUUACAGAACCUCGGAGAAGAAGUAUGCGUACAGUGUGGAAGGUUCGUACGGUCAGCGAUCGUGCAAGGUUUUGGACGCGUCGAGGACAGUGGUGGCGGAGGUGAAGAGGAAGGAGGCGGUGAAAGGCGGCGUUUGCUUUGGGGCGGAGGUUUUCCUUCUGGUGAUUCUUCCUGGUUUUGAUCCCGGAUUGGCUAUGGCUCUGGUUUUAGCUCUGGAUCAGAUGUUCUCUUAGAAUUCCAGUUUGAUUCUUCCUCUUCAUCUUCCUCUUCCUCUUCCUCUUCUGUUCUUGUGCAUAAUUUCUUUUGCAGUGCGUUUUGAUUUUGAUCGGGUUUUUUGUAAUCCUAUUUUUGUAAGAAUGAGCGUAAUAACAUUUGAUUGUCUAUUUCAUUUUCA